UUUGCUGAAAAAAAAGAACGGAAAUUACAAAUUUACCCAAACGAAAUUCCGCACAUCCCAGCGGGUAAUCUCGCUCGCUUCUGAUCCUUGGGAAGGAAGAAGAAGAGAAGAAAAUAUGACUGUUGAAUAAACUCUGUGUCAAUAGCAAGAACCGGACCAUUCGGAUCCCAGAUUUGUACCAAAAACAACUGCAAUUCCUACCGGAAACGAAUCGGAUCCAUUUUAUAGGAUUCGAAUGUGGAUGCGUUGCAGGAGUCGGGUUGGGAGGAGCUCCGGGGCGGGUCUAGUAGUUGAACGUGAUCUCGAUCUCAAGCUCGGUGCUCGCAAGGGGGUAAAGGAGAGUUAUGUUGGUGGAGCCAGCUUGGAAUGCGAGUUUCUUAUUUGCUGGUUGCGCGUGGUGGCCUAGAAGAUUUGACAACCUUUUGGAAAGAUCUCAUCUAAAUCAUGAAUCACAUGAUGCAUUCACUUCUGAGGCUUUGAGAGUGCAUCCAUCCAUGGCUAUUUCCCGUAGUUGUCUCAGAGGGCGGUUUGCGACAUUUCCUUUUGCACUUGUUCUCAGAUGGCUUCUCUUUAUAAUGGAUAUAGUGGAAGCCAUUAUAAAGAUGGAGAUCCAGGCCCAGCAGAUGGCUUCAUCAUCUUCUGGAUUGUGGAAAUCUAUCCUCUACCAUGUGGUAGUAUAUUGUUUGUUGAAGACGAGUCCAGCAAUGGGGAAAGCAGGGGAAGGGAAUGCUUUUGCAUUCCAAGGCUCACCUGUAAGUACAAGGUUGGUCCCGUUAAACCACACCUGCUGAUGCAUCUGACAGUUUUUUGUGGCUGUAUAAAUUUCUUUGUUUGUAGGCUCUUUUAUCUAUUACUUGCUCUUAAUGAGACAUAAAAAACCGAUGGUAGUUGCACCGGCCAAUAUCUAUAGUGGGCCAAUAUUAAAUACACAUGGUAGUUAUUUAAUACACUGUGAAAGUUAAAUGAAAGAUCCUAUGCAAAGUGUUUGCAAAUUUAAGAACUUUGACACUCAGAAAUUUUUGGCAUCUUUAAGGAUUUGAAGUUACUUGUGGCUAUAAAGACUAAUGUUAGGUUUCGCACCAUCAUCAUUUUGUUUAGGGUUAAUCCCCUUCAAGAUUACGAACUUUGAAUGCUUUUGCAAAUACAACAUGAAUCCUUGUUUGUUGCAAUUCAUGCACAAACUUGAAAUCUUUUGAAAGUGUCAAAAUAUCGAUUAUAUUCUUUGUAAAUUCCGGUGAAGCAAAAGGGGGGUUGUUUCAGGGCUUUUUGUUUUGCUCUAUGAAAUGACAUUAUUUCGAACCAUAUUUUUGAGAAGAUAAGAAUUACAGGGACCAAAUUAUUAUUUAAUCACAAAUUAAAGUGACAAGAACACCCUGAUUGUUCUUCCAAAACGAAGUCAUGUCAACCUUUCUUCCACUCGUCCUCCCAAAAAGCUGAAAGUUUGUUUCUAAUAGCUACAGUUAAUUCCAUGCUGUAAUUCCAAAUUCAUUUGAAGGUUUAGUUUUUCAGGAAACUAAUUCUUUCAUCUACAUUAAAUUCCAUUGCAGAGCUAUUAUGUCCCUUCAUCCUUCCCCAUAUUUUGCAUCAGUUGACUUGAGGCAAUUUAAACGUAUCAAGAGAAGUAUCAACUCGAUGAGGGAACAUGCUGAUCUUCGUAGUUCUAUUCAAGAUGAUAUUAGCGCGUACAAUUAAAGAGCAUUUAACUAAUAGUUGCUUUUAUUAAGUAAAAAUUGUUAAUGAUUUCUCUAUAAGGUGAGUUUGUGCAUGCUUCUGUGAGUGACUUUCUUGGAGUGCAACUGUUACGGGAGAGGGCCGCCAUACUUGGAAGCAUAUCUCAUGCAAGACUUAUAAACUGCUGAAUGUAUGUAUCAUGGUAUGGAAUCUGGAAAAUGAAUUAUUUUGAGGUUUAUGAACUGUUGCAGUUAGAAUUAACUAAUUGAUCAGAGCUGAUGUUAUUUUGGUUACUGUUACCUGCAUUAUAUUGACUGAUUAGUCAUUGCAUAAAUUUUGCCUACUUUUUCUCUUGUGGUAUUGGUGACUGGCAUACAUAGUAUCUUCAUAUUAUAGCUUUCAUUGAACAUUUUUUGCUGUCUAUUGACAGAUUGAUGAUGCCAUAAGUCAAGCUCAGGCUACUAGAGCUGUGUUGGGUUCUCAAGCCCUCAAGGGACCUUGUUUAGAGAUGUUCAAAAUGUUAAGAUUUGGGGUGCUGUUGUUGGUGGUUGCUACUGACUUGACUAUGUUGGUAGGAAACCAAACAACUUAGUUGAGGCCUUAAUAAGUUAUGGUCAAUCCAGCUUUAGGAUCUAAUAUGUGAAGUACAAAACUACAUUUUUCCUCAAAUCUUGUAUUGCAUGUUAAAGGCUGUUGAAUGAGCUCUCAAAGCUAUGCAAUCAAGCUGACACUUAUUGAUGGCAUUCGCACAAAGUUUAUAGGUGCUUUGUCAAACUUUUGGCCACCUCUAUACAACAAUCAAAUGUUAUUUUCAUGUAUUCAUGCACACACAAAGAGAGAGAGAGAUAGAUAGAUGGUACCUUCUGGA